CCUAGUGUGUCUAAAAAACAAAAAGCUUCUAUCAUACUACUUUCAAUCUUUAUAUAAUCACUGAUAAUCCCCUACUAUCGGUAAAAAUUUUAACAGGAACAUCAUUUUGGAUUUUUGGGGUACCAAAAAAGAAAAACAGAAACUAUUUGAGGACGGAGGGAGUAAUACAUUUCCCUCAAUCCAAACUAACACUCUCAACCGAAAAAAGGAAAAAUUGUCGGAAAUAAUUCGACUUUUCCUCAUCCGCCCAAAAUAAUCCCACCUUUUGAUAAUUAUUUAAUAAUCCAACCUUUAAACUCAAUCCGCUCCCAAUAGUCCCAUGUGACCGAUUACUAGUUAAACAGGUUUUUUUUUUUUUUGGUUUAAAGUACACGUGUCACUAUAUAAUUUGUCUAAAAUUUUAAAUAAAAAAAAAUUGAAUUUAAAAAAAAAAAAAAAAAAAAAACUGGCAGCCACCCCCUCCACCAGCCCCAGCCACCGCAAUAUUCGCCAAACUGCAGUAACUGUGAGAACGGAGCUCGUGGGGCAAGAUGCGUCGUCGUCGACACUAUUUUGGGUGGUCUGGGCGGCCGAAAUCAAGGCGGGGAAAGUGUAGGAGGUCGAAAUCGUGGUGGGGUAAUGUAAGGGAGGUCGAACUCAAGCCGGGGAAAGGGAAAGGAGGUUGUGUCGGAAUCGGGACGGGGAAGGGGAAAGGUGCCGGCAUCGAAACUAGGGAAAGGGAAGGGGCCAGGAUCGGGACAGAGAAGGAGGUUUUUGAGGGUGGGGGAUGAUUCUGGUGGGUUUUUGUGGCAGAAGGAGGAGGUUGGUGGUUUUUUUUUGUAGGGGGGGGGAAGGCGUCGGCACCUGGGAGUGGGUCUGGGUGGUCAGUGCUGUGUGGCAGGGGAUUCCGGCCGGCCCAGCUGCCGGGAAUGGGCGACGUGGAGGGUGGCUUGGGCUAGGGGUGUUUUUUUUUAAAAGAAUUACUUAUUUUUUUCUUAAAAAAAACUUAAACUUUUUUUAUUUUAUUUUUAUUUUUUUAAUUAAUCACAAGCCGACACGUGUCAAAUAACUUGUUUUAACAAGUUAUUUGAACGGUUGGGACCAUUGAAAGCGGAUUGGGUAUAAAUGUCGGAUUAUUAAAAAAUAAUUGAAAUGUGGGGUUAUUUUGAACACAUGAGACAAAUAUCGAAUUAUUCCCGGCAAUUUUUUUUUUUUUGUUAAAAAAAAAAAAAAACCAAUUUAAAAGUUACUCCACCACGUUUGGACUUUAGAAGUCCGAGUCUGAAGCGCAGUGUUCAUUGUUUUCCCGCCAUGGAAAUCGACGGCGAGCAGAUCCUCCAACGCAAGCACUCUCACUACCGUAACUUGGAUGAGGUCUUUAUGGUACGAAAUGAAGUGUAUAAGGGACAACAAUACAGUCAAAUUUACUUUGCGAGGCUUCAUAUGUUGAGGACUCUUCUUUAUUCUCUUGUUCCUCACUGGAAACCCCACAUUCCUGUUUGUACGAUUUUGGGUUUGGAAGAGAACAAGGAAUGUAUCGUUGUUGGAACACUCUACAAGCACAUGAAACUCAAACCCUGUAUACUUGAUGAGUAUGCUAAGGAGAGGUCUGUGACUCCUCUGGUCAAGCCGCACAAUUUUGUGCAUCCUGAUGAUCACCUGAUUCUAGAGGAUGAAAGUGGAAGAGUGAAGCUCGAGGGAAUUUCACUAUUUCCUUCUGUUUAUGUGACAGGGGUUGUGGUUGCCUUCCUUGGAAAAGAAAGUGGAGCUGGGUCGUUUCUGGUUCAUGAUAUCCUUGAAGCUGGCCUACCACCCCAAAUAGAGAAGCCUUUAAAGCUUGGUGAUGACAAGUAUGUCGUCUUCAUGUCAGGCUUAAGUGUUGGAAAUAGCACGUCAAAUCCUCUCCAGUUCCAGCUGCUUGUGGAUCAUAUAACUGGCCAUCUAGGGGAUGAAAAUGAGCAGAGAAUCGCUGCAGAGAUAGUCCAUGUAGUAAUUGCUGGAAAUUCUGUAGAAUUUGCCAGAGGACUAUUUAAUGGACAGAACUUGGGAUCAAAGGAUCAAUCUAAGCUUUCUGAACCAUUUAGAGAACUGGAUAUCUUGCUGACUCAGAUUGCUGCUGGUGUACCUCUGGAUAUCAUGCCAGGGCCAAAUGAUCCUGCAAAUUUUUAUCUACCACAGCAGCCUUUAAAUAGAUGCCUCUUUCCCGGGUCUUCAGUUUAUAACACCUUCAGAUCUUGUACAAAUCCUCAUUCUUUUGAGCUUGACAGUAUCAGAUUUGUUGGGACAUCAGGCCAGAAUAUUGAUGAUCUUGAUAAGUAUUCAGAAGCUAAAGAUAAACUUGAUUUCUUGGAAAGAACGUUGAGAUGGAGGCAUCUUGCGCCGUCUGCACCUAACACUCUAGGGUGUUAUCCAUUUACAGACAGGGAUCCUUUUGUAAUUGAGAGUUGUCCUCAUGUUUACUUUGUCGGCAAUCAGGAUAUGUUUGGAAGCCGUUUAGUUAAAGGACCAGAAGGGCAACUGACGCAACUAAUUACCAUUCCUAAAUUCUGCGAGACAGGAGUUGCGGUUGUGCUUAAUUUGAGAAACCUGGAGUGCCAUGCUUUGAGUUUUGGGACUCAAUUUAGCUUGUAAUUGUCAUCGUGGAUUUCAGGUUAAAAGUUAUUUCUCAACCUAGCAGGGCAUUUUCUGGAACUUUACUCAGUUUGGAGGUUGUGGACUUGUGGUAGCUUAUUUUUUAGCAAUCCUAUGGCAAAAGUCGAACCUAUUAUGUUCAACUCCGAAUCGUCUACUACAAUAUCGAGUAUGCCUCUUCUGCAAUUCUGCAUCAUGUUUGCUAGCUUAAGUUAAAGGAUAUUGAUCCUAAUUCUUUACAAGAAAAACAAGUAGCCUAAGCAACACCGUGAUGAAGCCAUCCCUUGGUGGUGGUUAUAUUAUAGCCUUUUCUGACUUGUGCUCGCUGUUUGUACUCUCUAGUCCAUGUAUACCUGUAGUCCUAGGUAAUCUUGUGUUGUAGCAUUGCUCUAAGUACCUUAGUCUUAAGUUAUUUGUGUUACAUUUUUUUGUCAUCAUUAUGUGAGCCUUUCUUGUGCGUGAUA